AUGACAGCCACCUUCAGCCACCAUCACAACUUCGACCAAGUGCCUACGUAUAGUCACGGCAACGCAGUCGCGACCCCGCAGCCAGCUUACGAUGUCUUUCCAGCGUCGCAUCAUCAUGUUGCAGCCCAACACAGCAGCAUGGCAGCCUAUUGCGAGCCCACCACCACCGACGCGCAACAACAUGCCGCGAGUAUGAACAGUCACGGGCCACAGCGCGAGGACAGCUACUCCCCAAACGACACGCCGAUUAAGCACCAGAAGUUCCAGCAGUCUUCAGCCGACCAGCAUCAUGGUUGCAACGUCAAUAGCCCUACGUCAGAAGCUCCUUACAUCGGCAUCCGGCACAACUCAGCACUACCACCCGUAAGCAACGAAGCGUCCGACAGUCGAUUUGCUAUGCUCCCGCCUUCCAACUCGGUACACGCUUCAUGGCAGGCGCUUCACGAUUAUGCGCAGUCGCACGCCUCCCAAAAUGGAUACGCACUAUCCAUCAAUACGACGGCUAAAAAUCGAUCCCGCAUCAAACUCGCCUGUGUCUGCUAUGGUCAACCGAAGAAUACACACAAGCUCACAGCCGAGACGAGAAUCAGGAAGAACAGAGUUAGCUAUAAGACGGGGUGCAAGAUGUGGAUCGAGGGCAGGAAGCAGGACGACGGCACAUGGCUGUUGCGCGUGGGCGAAGCACAACACAACCACCUUGGGCGCCAAAGUGCGGGAUGGGCUGUCCAGCGGAAGAGGACAUGGGGUGUCGUUGGCGGACGCAUUGGAGUAGGAGGCGUCACGGCGAAGGAGGAACUCGCCAAGUUGAGCCUAUCGGAUAGCAAGGAUACUCUCGACGACGUGGAUGUGGAAGCCGAUGGCAACGAGGACACUGAAAGCACGUCCACACAAGCACCGAGGAGGCCCCAACACAGCCUUGAACGUGGGGGGCUCGUUUGGAAGAUUGUGGAACAGGAAAUGCUACGGAAGGGCGAACCAAACCAGGGUCGCGACCGAGGCGUAGGAAGGACGGUAGAGGUAUUACAAGCGAGACUACCCGGUAUACAUAUCUUUAAGCGCGACGUGUACAAUAUACGAGCGCAGAUUAAGAGGGCGAGGAAGGCAGCUGGCCAGCAGGUCGGCGAUGGCCUCAACAGCUCCGACGACGACGCCGAAGCCCACGACACUGCCCAUGUCAGCGAAACCGGCAUGAAUCCGCCCAACCAACGACACGCGCAGCAGCCACCAUAUCCAUACCGACACCUCGCUGGCCACGCCUCUAAACCUCCCGUGCCCUUCCCACCCACUCGAAAAGACUCAAGUAUCGAUCCUUCGCUUGACGGCCGCCCACGGCCCCCAGCUCCCCCCGAAGUUGUUGAAAUAGAGGUUGAUCAGCUCAGGCGGGAGAAUGCGGAAUUGCGGCGACUGCUGACGGAGAAGACCAAGGAGGUCAAGGAGAAGACUAUUGAAAUGGCUGGAUUGAAGAGUCAAGUUGAGCUGUUGAGCAAUAUGAUGAUGACGAGUGGAAGAGGGUUGAUGGCUGGGUAG